CCUGAAGGAUUAUCUGCAGAAGAUUGGCUACAAAUGUUGCAACUUUUUGCAUCACCGGAAUUUAAGUGUGUUCAAUUUAAACUCUUCAUGUGCAGGCUCUUAGCUUGAAAAAUGCUAACAAUCGCUCAAAUCAAAAGGUCAUUGCCUGUACUGGACCAACACCAUUCGCACAAACAGAAUAUGAUAUGAUUGACGAGGAAACUGGAAAACUACCACCUGCAUCGGAAGUUUGGAUGGCACAACAUAGUACUUUGAAUGCAAAUAAUGAGCGAAAGUGGGUUGAUAGUUCAUCAGAGAAUUAUUAUCAUGAGAUAAGAAUAACAGAAGAAGAAGUCAUGCCUGUGGAUGAGACUGUUAAUGAUAAUGAGGAUGUCUUGAGAGUGGUCUUUGGUGCUCGUUCUGGCUAUGUUCGUGGAAAAGGAACUGGGUACAAGUCAACUACAAAGGGAAUGAAUACAAACAAUCAAAAUGGAAAGAUAGAGCAACUGGAGGCUCAAGUUGGUGACCUAACUGCAAGAUUAGCAUAUCAAGCCAAACACAAUCUGGCCUUGACCCAAAGGUUCGAAAAAUUUAUGGAAAUGGUAGAAAAUGAAAGGCAUGAAUCAUCUUCUCGCAGUGGACAUAUGGAGGAUGCUCUCACUCCGGAAGAGACAAAUGGAGAAGAUUAUACAAGGGAUGAAUGUUCUAACAAGGCUAGACGCGCAGAAAAGAAACGAAGUGCACCAUGCAAGCAGGUUUCAAACUCAAGAAAGAAAAAUAGGGAGCUAAGAGAAGAAUGAAGUUUGUUGGUGGAAGCGCGGUAGAAAGAGUAGUUAAGUGUUAGUACUUUUGUCAAGAGAGAUAAUAGAACAAUUCAUGGAUUUAGAACUUGUUAUCUAUUAUUUUUUAGUAUUUUUCUAGUUUCACGAGAGAAUGGUUAUCCUUUAAAACUAUGAAUGUUGGUUUUUCUAGUGUUGGAUGAGAUGACAUUGUAGUAGUUUAGUUUUAUUGCACUUUUAUGGAGAUGAUUUUAUG